GCCGGAACCUUCCACAAAUGCCCGCAGACGAAACACGGACUUGUUUGUUGGUAGCACUAGUAGGUAGCUGCAGUCAGUUUACUAGCUGAUUAAGGGUGGUCAUAGCACGUUAUAUCGCCUUUUCUACUUGUUGUCUUUACUUUGUCAGCUGUAGGUCGACCAUCACCAUGGAGCCUGCGUGUCGUAAAGACAAACCAAAGCUGAACUCAACCCCGACCAGAGGAGACAGAGCCAAGCAGAAGUCUGCACAGCAAGAGCUCAAACAGCGGCAGAGAGCAGAGAUCUAUGCUUUGAACAAGGUGAUGACAGAGUUGGAGCAGCAGCAGUUUGAGGCCUUUUGUAAACAGAUGCAGUCACAAGGAGAAUGAUGCUCUGUCCUCCCUGUUUUACACACCCUCCAAAAACACCAUGGAGAGAGAGAGAGACACACACACACACACACACACAGAGACUGCUCUCUUAUAUUCAGCUGCAUCUCUGUUGCUGCCACCUGCUGGAAACGAUUUCAAAAGUAUUUGUUUCUGGUGUUGAAUCAGGCAACAUGUGACAUUUAACAGACUCCAGUUCCUGGCCCUGCAGCAUGCUUGAAAAUGCCACACAUUAGUUGUUGUAAGCUGAUGUUGAGGCGCAUAAGGUUACUGAUAUUUCCUUUCCCUGAGGUGUGCAUGUGAAAGGUGUCCAGGUCAAACAUACAUAGUGAUAUUUUUACAGCAUUUCAGAGUUAAAAUCGAUUUUUCAGCGGAAAAGUUUGACAGUUCAACUAGCAGGUCGAGUGUGUGUAUGUAGGGUCCCAUACAUAACCUGUAUUUCAGGUCUCAGAACAAGGAACUACAAAUACUGCAAAUAUUUUACCUGCUUUCUUAACCCAGGAAGUCUCUCAGCCAACUCAGUCUCUCAGGAAAUGGGUUUAAGGCUGAUAUCCCUGAGAGGAGAGGUGUUUUUGGACCUCUCCUCUAACAACUCAUUGUCACUUUGCAACAGUGAGUUGUUAAAGAGCCUGUUUUGACAGAGUGCUUUAUUUUUAACUUCUUAAUAUUUAAAGCUUGCUGCAGGCAUUAAAAUACCAUAAUAAUGAGGAAAAAUCACAGCUUUGCUGAAGAAAUCAUCAGUUUUGGAACAGCUCCAGUCAUAAACAUUGCUAGUCUCUAUAUUAUGCUCUCCUGACUUGUUGUCACCUGCCUACGUUUUUAUUAGGAGUAUUUUAAUAUCCUGACACCUGGGCCCUGUGCUUCUGUUUGGUUUUGCUGCAUCAUGUUGGGUUGAACUCUGCACUGUCUUUCUUUAUUAAUUAGUUUAAAAUGCUAUUGUGUAAACACGAAUUCUGGUCCAUCAAAUGGGCGACAUGAGGUUACAGCAGAGACUGAUCCAGAAUGCUAUCACUCCUCCACUCCACUGUGUUUUUCAGCCAGUACCUUACAGUGAUGUCUCAUUCUGACCCAAUCACAGACUGUGGAAUGUCACAUUUUUAUGUCCGACUGCAAGUGAAGUCUGUUCUAUCUGUCAGUGUGAUUUCCAGUCUGUCCAUUAGUUAUCAGGAUGAAUGCUAUGGAUGAAUUUGCCAUUGUAUGUGAAUUUUGGCCCAGCUUUGAGAUGAAGAACUGUUUCAGCUGAUGUGGAUUCACGUACCUUUGGAAGCCUUCUUUACCAUUACUACAUGUGUAGUGUCAUACAUUCUUAAAUAUAUAGCCUGUUGUAUAAGAACAGCUGUCCUGGUGUUCUGAAGAGAAUAUCACAAACUAAUUCAGAUGCACACAUCCUUCUGGAUUCAGGGACUUCUAGGUGGAGGUAGCGGAGGUGCAGACUGGUGGAAGUCUUGGAGAAACCAAGUUUUUCGGUCCAUGUUAGCACUUCAGAUUUUGUCUGAAAGUUUUCAUUCUCUUACCAGCAUAAUGCAGCACUACACUCCGCUCUGGCCAUGAGGCUGUUUUUCAGUGAUUCAUGAACACAAACUAAUAGUAACUUUAAAAUCCAUUGUCCUUAAUAUCUGUGUGUUACCAGAGCUCAUAUAGACUCGUCUGAGUCUCACUGAUCUGUACAUGAGCUACUCCUGCAUGU